UACAAUAGUAAUUAAUUUAAUUUCAGUUUAAAUUAAUUGAAGCUCAAAUAUGGUCAUUGUGAAUGCUGCAUUUAUGACAAAUGGUGAUUUAUUGUGGACAGAGUAGAACUAAUGCUACAUACAUGGGAUACUUAUUGUUUAGGCGAUGAAUAGUUUUUGUUGUUUACUGGACAUGACAUAAAAUGGAUAUUAUUUAUGUGAUUUUUGGAUUAACCUGCCUGAUCCCAGGUGGGAAAACAACAGAUCUGACGCUACAUGAAGUUAGUGGUUGCUAUGGUGAAGCCAAAGAUGUCAUAUGCAAUGAAGGGGAGAUGAUACAUGUCAUCAGUGAUUUCCAUGGUAGCAGUGACUCUGGUUGUAGGUACAUGCCCACAGACAAGUGUAAAAUACCAAACUUUGGAUUUACCACAGAGGUGAAACUAAUGUGUAAUGGGAAGAGCCACUGUGUCCACACGGCGGAUGACAAAACCGCACGACAAUUUUGUUCCCCAGUGAAUGUUUAUACUAACUACCAGCAGAUAGAAUACAAAUGUGUACAAGAAUCAGUGGUCUUAGACAUCUGUUCAUCAAAUGAGGUAUUACUAGAAUCAGGUUAUAUCUCAUCCCCAAACUAUCCAAAUGGUUACCUAAGCAACAGUGAAUGCUAUUGCAGCAUACAUACUGAACGUUCUGACCUCGUUCACCUUGAAGUUCUUGACCUUGACCUUAGCAGUGGGAUUCCUUGCUCUGAUUGGCUCGAAAUAGACACUCUAACGGGACAUCCCUACAGAUUAUGUGGAUCAUCUUUUAACGAGUUUACAGCAACUAACUUGACAUUGAGCUUCAAUAGUCAAGAAAAGACACCACAUAAAGGUUUCUGGUUGUAUUUUAGGACAAUCCGUAACUCAAAGGCUCUUAUAAAAUGCAAGCAGAUACCCAAAACAACAAAAGCAACAACAACAUCAUCAACAACUACAACAACCAUUGCAACAACUACAGCAAAAGCAACUACCCUUGGUAGAACCAAACAACCUAAAAUUGAUAAAUCUGUCCAAACCAUACCCUAUAAUGGAGCAGGGAUCCCGUCAAAGUAUAUGGUACAUGGGUGUUUUGGAGCAUUACUCCAUUUUGAAUGUGGGCCUAAUGAAAUGAUUCAUAUUGUCCGUGAUGUUUAUGGGGUCUCUAUGGAUGACAGCCGAUGCACAUUUGAUGAGUCUGAUUGUUCAAUAGAGGCUAAAAAUCAACACAGUUUAGUAACAAAAGUCUGUACUGGGAAACAACAAUGUCCAAACUUUAUCGUGAAUCGAAUGUUUUGUGGGACAGUCACAACAAAUUAUCAACAUGUGGAAUAUGAAUGUGUACCAAGAGCUUGGACGCCUAACAUCUGUAGCGAAUUUCUCUAUAAAUCCACCACAUCUUACAUCCGAAGCCCCGGGUACCCAAACCCAUACUCCCACAAUGCAAACUGUUCUUGCAUAAUCACCAGUGACAAUGCACAGGAAAUCAAACUCUCCUUGACAACAUUCAGUCUCUAUGACAACGAUGAGAAGUGUCUUGAUUGGCUGGAGAUGAGCUAUGGAGGAGAGGGACAUAAAUUAUGUGGGACAAAGUUUGGACAUGCAGUUUCAGAUAGCUACAUGUUGAACUACCACACGGAUGAGCAAAAUUCAGGACCUGGCUUUAUGUUGCUCAUAACAGGAGGAGAUGGUUAUAAUGUGACAGUGACUUGUAAUGUAAAACAAAGAGCCCCAACCACCACCACCAGCACAACCAGUACAACAACCACCACCACCACCCCAACCAGUACAACAAUGACACCUACAACCACCACUACAAUACAAACCACACCCACCACCAAAGCAGAACCAACCACCACAAAGCCCAAGCAAGACAUAAAUAUAGAUGAAGGAUCACUUACAGUUGAUGAGGAUGAUAACAACAAAGAUGAACAUGACAUUGUAUUUACAGAUAUUAAAAACUUUGCACAUAACAUCAAUCUCAACAUUGGCCAUGAUGAAACCACGGAGAACCCUGAUUGGAUGAAGCAUACAAGUAGCGUGUUCGAACCGCCCAGACGAACAACCAAUAGGAUUCUAGGUACACGAAGUAGGCCAAGAGAAACCACCAAAAACAUGAGACAUAUUGAGGCAGAGCUCAAAGUGUCGCCAACAUAUGCCAGUAAGAGGCCGAUGAACAGAGACAAUACACGCAGAACUUCUACUGCUGAUAAGUUAACUAGUUCAGGAAUUGACUUGAGAAAUUUUGGAUUAGUUAAAUUGCUAGCUUUAUGCAUAAUAUUCCUCAUUUAUUAA